UGGCAGCUGAAAAGCACAAGCGGGGGGGACACGCUCAGUGCUGGAUGUGAAGCCCCCGGAGAUCGGACCAGAGGCAGCGCACAGGGAUGGGCAUACUCAAGUUCCUCAUCAACAGGUUUGGUGACGGAGGACACUGGAUGUCACAAUGCUACUAACAAUGGACGGUGAGAUUCUGAGCACCACAAUGUCAACGUCAGGAGCCGCCCUCCCGGUGUCUUCUCUGACCUUAGAACAAAAAGCUGCCUUCGUGCUCGUGUUCCUGCUGUUCAUCUUCCUGGGGCUCCUCAUCAUACGUUGCUUUAGGAUCCUCCUUGAUCCUUACCGCAGCAUGCCCUCGUCCACAUGGACAGAUUACAUGGAAAAGGACACCUUUGACUACCGCUGGGCCUGAGGGGGGUCUUCUUGACCCAGUCAUGGGAUGGAAAGAACACCUUCAACUACUGAUGGGCCUGACAUGGGCCUUCUUGUACCAGUCAUGGGAUGGGGAAAAAUUUUUGAUGGUGUCACAACAUUCACUGGUGGCCUUUGGGAAAUCAGCUUAGGGGUGGGGUGGGACGUGGGGUUUGUGUUAUUUUUUUUAUUCUUCAAGCCGAAUUGUGUGGGAUGUUUACAUCGACUGUGAAGCUUUGUGACCGAUGCUAAGCUCUGACCAAGGUGCCACAAAGCUGACAUAGAUUUUCCAAUACAAAAAAAUAAAAAUUUCAAGCCUCAUUACCGCACACUAUGUGCAAGCCUACGCCGGAACGUUUCGUGACCGUUGCGCUAUCUUCUGUGUUUUUUGUGUCGAUAUUGUAGGUGAGCGUUGGAAUGUCAAAAACAGAAAAACUUUACCCAUUUUUAUUUCUUGACGUAAGGCUAGAAAUGUUCUGUACUUUGCUGUGACUCCUCGAUUGUACGGUUUUGAAACCUCACAAUACCUCAGCCAAUAAUGUCAGUUUUUCUAAAAUUUGGGGAAAGAAGAACAAAGAAAUCACCCAACAAUUUCGGAAAUUUUAGAGAGAAGACGUUGGACAAGAAACCUGUCAAGAAGUCCUUCUUUUUAAUGUUUACAAUGCUCGGAGCCUGUGAAUCUGCUGCAGGAUUUUUUAUUUUAUUUUUUUGUGAAGCCGCUUUACUACAAGGUGCGUUGUAACGCUUAACCAAAACGUCACCGCAUCUCGGGACCACCCAAAAGCCUGGACACCGCAUGGAGAAAGCUUUGCCAAAACAUUCCAAAGGGGUCGCUUUUGGACCUUCCGUAAAACCUGGCGCCUUUUACAAAACAAAGCACACGUUUUUGAAAUCCAAGUUUGCCUCAUUUUGGGUAGCUGGAUAUUUUUUCCACAUUUGUUUUUUAAAUUUUUUGGUUCCUAAAAAGGGGAGAAUUGUAUCUUUCGAUGGUUCCGUAGACAGUGUAUAUGUUAAGAUGACCUUUCAGCUCUUCUGACAGGUCUCUUUUAGAACCUUCUCGUAAUAUAACAAUUUUGUAGAAACUUUCCUUUGGAACAUUAUGCCGUGCUGUUCCUCUCUUACUCCUCCAGGAAAUAUAUGAAGAAUUGACAAAAGAGGUGCAAAA